AUGGCUCCUCGCUCUUAUUCUAAGACCUACAAGGUCCCUCGUCGACCAUUCGAGUCAGCCCGUCUCGACUCCGAACUCAAGCUCGUCGGCGAAUAUGGCCUGCGCAACAAACGUGAGGUCUGGCGUGUCUUGUUGACUCUGUCCAAGAUUCGACGUGCUGCCCGUCAACUUCUCACCCUCGAUGAGAAGGACCCCAAGCGUCUCUUCGAAGGCAACGCUCUGAUUCGCCGUCUCGUUCGUGUCGGUGUGCUCGACGAGUCCCGUAUGAAGCUCGAUUACGUGCUGGCCCUCAAGGUCGAGGAUUUCUUGGAGCGUCGCCUCCAGACCUGUGUCUACAAGCUCGGGCUCGCCAAGUCCAUCCACCACGCCCGUGUCCUCAUCAAGCAGCGCCACAUUCGUGUCGGCAAGCAGAUCGUCAACGUUCCCUCGUUCAUCGUCCGUCUCGACUCCCAGAAGCACAUUGACUUUGCCCUCACCUCACCAUUUGGUGGCGGGCGUCCCGGCCGUGUCCGGAGAAAGAAGGCCAAGGCUGCUGAGUCCAAGGCUGACGGUGGUGACGAUGAGGAUGCCGGCGAGGACGAGGAGUAA